AUGGGUGGUCCCUCUGGUGCUGAUCACGAUGGUGGCUUCACUCCCAUGAGCCCCAACGUUCACACCCACACCGAGGUCAAUGAGUACAGCAAGGACGACCACUCCAUUAGGGUCAAGAACAAGGACGUCUUCCACCCACAUGCUGCACCUAUGCCCUACGGAGUCGCCAUGGCUCCGGGUAUGGGUCCCUUCUCCAAGGCCGGUGGCAAGCGCAGCUGGCCUCAGGGCGGCACUGCCAUGGGUGGCCCCUCUGGCGACGACGAAGGACAGGUGUUUGACAUGCCCAUCACCGGUAACUUCUACACAAGCGUCGACGAAGAGUCCACGGAUGACCACUCGAUCAAGCUGCAGAACGAGAACGUCUGCGGUUCCCCAGCCCAGCCCCCGGUUUCUCACCCUCCUCCCGACUUUGUUCACGCUCCCCAGUCUGGCUCUGGUUUCGGUGAGGCCGCGGAAGGUGCUCCCAAGCAUUACAAUGUUCCAGCAGAGGCUUUCGAGAAGCGCUGGGGCUAUGAGGGUGGCGGCACUGCUAUGGGAGGACCCAGUGGUGGGGACGGUCCUUCUGACGGACCUGAGGACUUCCCAUACCCUGUCCAGGCCGGUGGUACCGCUUUGGGCGGACCCUCUGGCGAGGAUGAUGGUAUUAACUUUGACAACGGUAUCCACGCCGACUUCCACACCAACGUGAAGGAGUACAGCCAUGAUGACCACUCUAUCGACAUCAAGCACACCGACAUCUACCCGCCUCCUCCCUUCCCUCCCUUCGGUGCCCCCAUCAAGCGGAGUUGGGUUUCCGAGCAGGGCGGCUGGGAACGCGAGAGCGGCGGUACUGCCAUGGGUGGUCCCUCCGGCAAUGAUGGGGGUCAGGAGUUCAACAUGCCCAUCACUAUCAACACUGAGACCUCUAUCAAGGAGAGCUACGCGGAUGACCACUCCAUUGAUAUCAAGCACAAGGAUGUCUACCCUUAUCCUGCCGCCUUUCCGGAGUUCGGUGGCCCUGGGCCCGUGAUCCCCGAAGGUGGUGAGUCUCACUUCAAGCGUGCCUACUCUCCCAGCGAGGACCGCACUGGUGGUGGCGGUGGUGGGGGCACUGCUGAGGGUGGUCCUUCCGGUGAGGACGAUGGCAUCAACUUCAGUGACCCUACCGAUGUCAGUGUUGACUCCAACGUGAGCGAGCACCACGAGGACAACCACUCUAUCAAGAUCGAUGACACCCAUGUCCACCAGCCUCAGAUGCCCUGGAUGCCCUAUCAAGGUUCUCCUGCUCCCAAGCAUGAGCAAUCACCUCCUGCUCCACAGCACGAGGAGUCCUCGGCCUGCACUCCUGAGAUCCACAACAUUGUCCAGACUGUCACCAAGACCGCCACUCAGGUCGUCCAGGAGACUGCCACCGUUACUGAGACUCCUAAGGAUCACAUUGUUGACCAUGUUCAGACCAUCCACGAGACUUACACUGUCACCGAGACACCUGCCGCUCAAGUUGUCGCGGAGACUCACACUGUCUACGUGACCCCCAGCGAGCACGUCGUGCACGUCACUGACACUGUCACUGCUCCCGCGCCGCACGUUGUCCAGGCCACUGUGACUGUCUAUGUCUCUCCCAGUCAUGUGGUUGAGACUGUCUGUCCCUCUCCUAGUCACAUCAAGUCAGAGGCAGUGCCGUCGUCGCAGGGCGCAAUGGUGACUCCCGUCUCCCAGGUCGUAUCUCCCUCCACCAUGCAGUCUGUCCCCGUCUCGGCAGCCCCCUCCUCUUCUUCCAAGGCCCAGGCGAGCUACAACUUCCACCCUCAGGCUCCUUCCAGCGAUGCCUAUUCCAUGACCCCGGUCUCGGCAGCCCCCUCUCCUUCUUCCAUGGCCCAGGCUCCUUCCAGCGAUGCCUAUUCCAUGACCCCGGUCUCGGCAGCCCCCUCCUCUUCCUCCAUGGCCCAAGAGAGCUACGACUUCCAGCCUCAGGCUCCUUCCAGCGAUGCCUAUUCCAUGACCCCGGUCUCGGCAGCCCCCUCUCCUUCUUCCAUGGCCCAGGCUCCUUCCAGCGAUGCCUAUUCCAUGACUCCGGUCUCGGCAGCCCCCUCCUCUUCCUCCAUGGCCCAACAGAGCUACGACCUCCAGCCUCAGGCUCCUUCCAGCGAUGCCUAUUCCAUGACUCCGGUCUCGGCAGCCCCCUCCUCUUCCUCCAUGGCCCAAGAGAGCUACGACUUCCAGCCUCAGGCUCCUUCCAGCGAUGCCUAUUCCAUGACCCCGGUCUCGGCAGCCCCCUCCUCUUCUUCCAUGGCCCAAGAGAGCUACGACUCCCAGUCUCAGGCUCCUACCAGCCACGUGUAUUCCACGAUUCCCGUCGAUGUCCCCAUGGCAUCUGCCUCAUCCGCCAUGGCCACGGAGGCCAUGCCCACCGGUGUUGACGCCAUGCAAAGUUCCAUGCCCUUUGCGUCCGCCACUCCUUCCCACGAUGUCUAUUUCACCGGCAAUGCCGCUCGUCUGUCUGGUGGAUUCAUCUCCGCCGCUGCUGCCGUGAUGGGUGUCCUUGCAUUUAUCCUGUAG